UAAAAAAUGUUUCUUAACUUAAUACACUUAGUUUAGUGUUUGAGUGCAAAAAUUAAAAAUGGUGUUUAAUUUAAAAAAUAAAGUUGCCAUAGUCACCGGUGGAGCUGAUGGUAUAGGUUUGGCUCUGGUAAAACAAUUGCUAAUCAAUGAAAUUAAGGGAGUAGUAAUUGCCGAUAUAAAUGCAGAAAAUGGUAAAAUUAAGUCAAAAGAACUUGGAGAUGAAUAUGGUUCAGAUAGAGUAGUUUUUGUUGAAUUGGACGUAACAGAUUUGAAAGCAUUCGAGAAUGCGUUUGAUGUGGCUCUAAAGCAUUUUAAAAAUGUCGAUAUUCUUAUUAACAAUGCAGGAGUUGGACACGAUAGACAAUGGGAAAGGGAAGUUGAUAUAAAUUUGAAGGGAACCAUAAAUGGCAUGGUCUUGGGAAUUGAAAACUACUUAAAAAACCACAAACAAGGAGACGAGGCCGUGAUAAUGAACUUGUCAUCAAUUAGUGUUCUACAACCUGUUCCUAUAUUUCCAGUAUACGUUGGAACGAAGCACGCAAUUGUCGGCUUGACAAGGAAUUGGGGCCAUCACUUACAUUAUGAUCGAACCAAAGUUAGAGUUGUUGCCAUUUGCCCAGGAGCUACUGAUACUUCCCUUCUUAGAACAGAUGUAUCAAAAUUGUGUUUUAAUGAAGAUUAUCGAUAUAUGCAUCAACAGGUGAUCGAGAACUUUGAUGUACAAAGUGCUAAUCAUGUUGCCAGAGAAGCCAUGAAAGUUCUAGAAAAAGCUGAGAGUGGCACUGUGUGGGUCAUCGAAAACAGUCAACCGCCAUAUGAAUAUAAAGCUCCAGACUGCGAAGAAUUUAAAAAGAAUACAUUAGUAUAGUAAACAUGUAUAGAAUAAAAAUACCUAUAUAAAACUAAUAAAAAUUGUAUUAACACUCCCCAA